UCAAAAUCUCCACUCUUGACUAUGGAUCACUCUUUAUGUGUUCUUUACAUUUUCUCCCUCUGUAUAUUCUCCUAUAACAUUGAAUACAGAGAAACUCUUUUGCAUGUGACAUGUGGAGAUCCAUGGAGAUGUUUCUUUCUUUCAUAAACACGCGUACUCAAGGUGGCACUGCAACAUGAAAACCUUAAGGUGUUAUUUCAACAUUUAUAUUCAUUAAAAAUGUAUGAGAAAUUUCAAACUUCAAGUGGCAGAUUACCCGGAAUAAAAUUGACUCAAAUGAGAAAGAAAGUCAAAAUAUAUCAACGUCUAGCUCCAAAAAUCUUUAAGAUGAAUUAAAUAUGGUCAUAAAAUCCUCAAAGAAGGAGCCAAAAAUUAUUAAAAAGACGGUUGAGAGGUAGACCCUACUCAUGUUAUACAAGUAACUCUCCAAUACUCUCCCUUCCCUAUAAAUAAGGGUCUCAUAGAACCUGUAUUUUCAUCUUUCUCAAGUAUUGUUGUGUCCACUAACAAUAUGAAAAUGAAGCCCUUUAUAUUCUUGUGUUCUCUUUUUGCUGCGGCUCUCAUCUCUUUAGUCUUGGCUGACAAACUAUCUGAAGAUGAGAUAAGAGCUGCUCGUGUAAUUCAUGCAAGCCUCUUGGGGUGUGAUCGCAAGCAAGAAAUUUCUGCAAAUGGUGAGAAGUUGAACAUGGAAGCUUAUCAUACAAACUGCAAAGGAAGUAUAGGAGGCGGCAGCGGCGGAUAUGGUGGUGGUAGUUCGGGCGGUGGAGAAAGCGGUGGCGCUGGUGGUGGCGGAGGAAGUAGUGGCGGUGGAAGUGAAGGAGGGGGUUAUGGUGGCGGUGGUAGUUCGAGCGGUGGUGGCGGUGGUGGCGGUGGUGCUGGUGAAGGCGGAGCCAGUGGUGGAAGUGGAGGAGGGGGUUAUGGUGGAUCUGGUGGUGGUAGUUCGGGUGGUGGAGGAAGCGGUGGUGGUGCUGGUGGAAGUGGAGGCAGUAGUGGUGGUGGAAGUGGAGGAGGGGAUUAUGGUGGUGGUGGAUCUGGUAGUGGUAGUUCGGGUGGUGGAGGAAGCGGUGGUGGUGGUGGUUCUGCUGGUGGAGGCGGAGGCAGUGGUGGUGGUGGAAGUGGAGGAGGGGGUCAUGGUGGUAGUGGAGGAGCUGGUGGUGGAAGCGAAGGAGGUGGCAGUGAAGGUGGUGGAGGAGGUUAUGGCGGUGGGAGUGGAGGAAGUGGGGGAGGUGGUAGUGAGGGUGGAGGGAGCAGUGGAGGUGGUGGUGGAAGUGCAGGAGGUGGUGGUGAAGGUGGAGGAAGCAGUGGAGGCGGUGGUGGAGGCGGAGGAAGUGGUGGAGUGGGUUAUGGUGGUGGUGGAAGCGGAGGAAGUGCUGGUGGUGGAGGUGAAAGUGGUGGCGGAAGCGGAGGUGCAAGUGGUGGUGAAAGUGGAGGGAGUGGGGGAAGUGGUGGAGGCGGCUAUGGUGGUGGAAGCGGAGGAAUCGGGGGAAGUGGUGGAGGAAGCGUAGGUGGAAGUUGUGGUGGUGGAAGCGAAGGCGGAAGUGGUGGAAGUGGUGGUGAAGGUGGUGGAAGUGGAGGGGGAGGUUACGGCAGUGGUGGAAGCGCCGGAGGAAGUGGUGGAAGUGGUGGAGGCGGAGGCGGAGGCGGAGGAGGAAGUGGCGGGGGAGGAUAUGGGGGAAAUGGUAAUCAUAAAGUAUCUGGCCGCCAUCAUCGCCACCAUGGCCAUAAAGGACAUAGUGGAAAAGGAGAAGGGGGAGGAUAUUGA